CCCGCCCUGGUGCUCUACAUUGGACUGCUCGAUCUGCCCGACGCCCUGCUGCCGACUGCCCGCCCUGUCGGCAGCAAGCAGCUGAUCGUGCUGGGGAACAAGGUGGACCUGCUGCCCCAGGACGCCCCCGGCUACCUGCAGCGGCUCCGCGAGCGUCUGUGGGACGACUGUGCCCGCGCCGGGCUCCAGCGGGACCCCGGCCGGGGCGGGCCACCUGGUAGGGAAGAGAAUUCCAGUCCUUCGGCCAAGUCCCGUACUGUCCUCAGGGACGUGCGGCUGAUCAGCGCCAAGACCGGGUACGGAGUGGAAGAGCUCAUCUCCGCCCUGCAGCGCUCCUGGCGCUACCGCGGCGACGUCUACCUGGUGGGCGCCACCAACGCGGGCAAGUCUACUCUCUUCAACACGCUCCUGGAGUCGGAUUACUGCAUCGCCAAGGGCGCCGAGGCUAUCGACCGAGCCACCAUCUCCUCUUGGCCUGGUACCACACUGAACCUUCUGAAGUUUCCUAUUUGCAACCCAACUCCUUACAGAAUGUUUGAAAGGGGGAAAAGGCUGAAAAAAUAUGCAACUGAAGCUGAAGAAGAUCUUAGUCAGCUAGAAAGAAAACAACUUAAUCUCUUAAAAAAGCAUGGUUAUGUAGUAGGAAGAUUUGGGAGAACUUUUUUUGUUUUCCGAAAGACAAAAGAGAAGCUGCCUUUUGGGUUUGAUCUGAUUCCCCUUGCCUAUAAAAGGGAAAAGGAACCUGUUAUGUUUUCAAGUUAAACCCCCCCAAAAAAGAAACUGACCCCAGAAAGAUUGAAAGAUGCCCACUGGUUUUAUGACACCCCUGGAAUUACAAAGGAAAAUUGUAUUUUAAAACUUCUAACAGAAAAAGAAGUGAAUAUUGUCUUGCCAACGCACUCCAUUAUUCCAAGAACUUUUGUGCUUAAACCUGGAAUGGUUCUAUUUUUGGGUGCCUUAGGACGCAUAGAUUUUCUGCAGGGAAGUCAGUCAGCUUGGUUUACAGUAGUGGCUUCCAACUUCCUUCCUGUGCACAUUACCUCCUUGGAGAAGGCAGACACUAUAUAUCAGAAGCACGCAGGUGAUAUAUUACUCAAGGUUCCAAUGGGUGGAAAAGAGCGAAUGGCAGAAUUUCCUCCUCUUGUUGCUGAAGACAUUACAUUAGAAGAAGGACUUGGGAAACCUGAAGCAGUGGCUGACAUCAAGUUUUCUUCUGCAGGUUGGGUUGCAGUAACGCCUCAGUUUAAAGACAGAGUACAUCUCCGAGGCUAUACACCUCAAGGAACAGUGCUGACGGUCCGGCCACCUCUCUUGCCACAUAUCGUUAACAUCAAAGGAGAGCGCAUCAAAGGAACUGUGGCCUAUAAAACCAAGAAGCUUCCUUCCCUUGUGUGCAAUCUGCAGAAGAAGAAAAACAGAUGAAAAUAUGGAGUUGGCUUUGCUCGCGCUGGUAUUAACUAUGUAGCUAUAAUCAAGCUCCCCUGUGCCCACCCUUUUAACUACUCAGAACUGUGCCUAUUUGUAUUGAGUUUGUAACUAUAAGUUGUUUUUUUGUAGGGUGUGUGUAUGCAUGUGUGACCCAAAUAUGCCUAAAAAGGAGUUCUGCUUCAUUCAA